AUAUUCGCACAUAUUCCAGUUAUUUUACAACAUUAGUUACUUAUAAAAAUGUGACUAUUGCUUUCUUUUUUCAAUCAACCAAGACAAACAGCUAGAGAGGGGAAAAGUAAAAGCAAUGGGGUUCCCACCUCAGUGGUUGCCAGUAAUUAAUCAUAUACGAAGACAAACAGCCAGCAAUCAAUUUGUCUGCCAAUCAACCAAAGAUAAACAGCGAAAGCAACCAAUCAAACAGCCACCUACCUCAAUAAAUAACCCAAAGUGUGUUCCACAUUUCAGUAUUGUUUGUCUAUAUAUAUAGUAGGGGAAUUUACAAGCUAGCUCUAGCUCCGCAGAUUGCAUAUGGCAGCCACAGUUUCCCCGAUUGCUAAUCUCAAACUUCUUAACCAUCAUAACUAUGAGUAUUGGAGUUCCCGGGUGAAAGUGUACCUGUUAGCUGAAGAUGUUUGGGACCUUGUGGAAGCAACCACUGAACCACCUAAACCAGAAGAUGGUGAGGUUGCGUUUAAGGCUUGGAGGAAGAAUAAUGCCAAGGCUUUACUUGCAAUCCAGACGUCUUGCGGGGAUGAUACUUAUCCUAUAAUCGAGGGCAUUACCGGAGCCAAAGCUGCCUGGGAUGCUUUGGCUGAAGAGCUAAAGCCUUCUGAUUCUGAUAAAGAGCUAAAGCCUUCUGAUUCUGAUAAAGAGCUAAAGCCUUCUGAUUCUGAAAAGCUGAAGCCUUCUGAUUCUAGAGAAGAAACAGGGCAUAAUAAUAAUGAUGAUGAGAGCGAUGUGAAUUAUGCUCCUUUGUACGAUAGUUUGAAGCGUGGUGAUUGGAAUGCUGCAAAGGAGUUUAUUGAUCGACACCCCGAGGCACUAACACAUAGAGGUUCAUCAAGCGGUGGGACAGCUCUUCACGAGGCAAUUGAGAGGAAGCAGUUACACAUUGUGGAAGAGUUGUUGAAGCUGAUGACAGAAGAGGACUUGGAAAUUCAAGAUGACAAUCGUUGCACAGCUUUUUUCUGUGCUUUGCAAAAAGGAAUGGCCCCAAUAGUUGCCAAAAUGGUUAAAAAGAACAAGAGUUUAGUUACCAUGCGUUUUACCAACGUAGCAGGAAAUACGACUCCAGUUUUAGUCGCUUAUGCCUUCGGCCAUUGGGAAAUAGCUCGCUUUCUCUAUUCUCUUACUCCAAUCCAUGUUUUGACUCAAGACAAUAGCGGCCGCGAUGGUGCUCAACUUAUUUCCAAUUGCUUUGCCCACAGAAAUAAAUUUGAUAUUGGAUGGGAUUUACUUCAGCAGUGCCCAAAAUUGGUUCUUACUGAAAAUUACUUCGGGCACUCCCCACUAAAUACACUGGCUGAUUUUCGUUCCGCAUUUUCAAGUGGAGUUCCCCUCAAAUUUUGGCAAUGCUGGAUCUAUAACAAUAUACAAGUACAACAACCUCAACCUGCUCCUAUCAACUCUGAUGUUUGUGUAAAUUUUGAAGAACUAGAAGAUGACAAAAGAAAUCCAAGGGAUCUCAUUUCCUCAGUUACGGAUUUCUUCCAAGGAGUUGUUAAGAAUCUUCACAAACGGUUAAGAAUCCAUGACUUGCAUGAAAUGAGAUUGCACCAUGACCGAAUUCUUCAAAUUCUACCGCUCAUGUGUGACGUGGCAACAAGUAGAAAUCUUGACUCGAAGCAAACUGCCUUCGUGGAAAAGGCAAUCUUCCAAGAAUCCCACUAAUAAUGGGGGAUGAAAGCG